CCCCCCCCCCCCCACAACCUUCGUGAGUAUCACUCAUCACUCUCUCACUCAUGAGCUCGUCCGCACGCAGUCGACUCAGCAUCGUAGCUCAUCGCACACCUCAGAGCUUCCCUCUAUAAGUUAAUUGCUCACUGAUGUGAGUUCGUAGCUCCUGGAGCAAGACGAGACCGGUUUACACGUCUUCCACACGACUUGAACCGCGUAGCAUACAUCUGCGAGCUUCUCGAACUCGUUGAUGUCGCCAUUGCCGCUGAUGUGUCCGCUUGCCGGACAGCUCCACAGCCACCAUUGUUGUGCCUAUGAUUUUACAGAGCUGCAAUCUUGCUGUGCUUUUGAAGAAGCUUCCUGGUCUGUCAAAUCCUAGGCAAAACUUCCCUCUACUCGCAAUGCGUCGCUACUGAUGAGGGAGGCUUUGACCACCGUAAGAAUGUGGUGUGAAUGCUGAUGACAACGUCAUGUGUCCAAGUCGAUAUCUACUCACUUGGGGCAAGUUACGCCUCUCGAUAUGCGAAGCAAUCACGAACCUGUAGCGUAACACGAUCGACCUCGUCCUAGGUCUGCAUUUCAAUCAUCACUUUGGACGUCAAUAACCGAGUUAAACCUGAAGCUCCGAAAGACCAAUCCCGAGCUGGACAUGGCCUCUGCGUGCUCUGGUGCAAGAGAUAUAUUCACAUCGCGUCCCAGUAACACAUCAUACGACGCCGAUCACGAAGCAGCAUCGCCUGCUCCUCUCAGCAAUGUGCAACGCCAUAGGAAUGUAGACGCUCGGGACUAUAUGCUCAAAAGAUUCUUGCCCGCAGCGCAAGCAGUGGCUGCCACCGGAGCUAAACCGUCAGCAUCAAUAUCAUCAUUGCCUUCCUCAGAAUGCAGGCCUCUGCCAAACUCAACUUCUACUGUAACUGCAAAGCCAGUGUCAACUAUGUCAGAAACGAGCAGAAAUAAGAAGAAACUCUCUCAUGGGGUUCAACAGGACCUACGUGGUGAUGAUGCAGAGGACGAAAAUGUGGAGAUGAGAGCAUGUGGGUUUCCUCUGCACUUGGGGAGGUGGACCCUUCAACACUUCAGAUAUAGCUUUUGGACUUCACGAUCAAACAGUCGCAGCCCGUGUCAGGCGACGAAGAUGGACUAUACGAAACAAGGAAAUGAAAGUGACAAUUCCGAAGAUGUGUUCUGGUCCGAUGAGGAGAAGUUUGAAGAUGCGUUUCGGCUUUCAAAACUUGAAAUCAGAGAGACUGAGCGAGAGAGCGCCUCCUCUGUGUUGAGAAAGGGUCAGCUGGCGGCAGAGAUGGUUCCACCUCCCAUUCGGCUGCACUCUAUGGAGACAGUGCACACCCCAGAUCAUAGAGGAUUUCUGGGAUUGCCAAAGGCUUCCCAACUCACCAGCGGGGAGAUGGAACGGGCACGGCAAGUGGACCGUCUGGGAGCUCGGCUAACUCGAAUGCUAAGUAAGACGAACUACAUGGAGUCACGGAAUGCUCGAGUACACGAGCACGAUGAGCAUGAAACUGAGAGCUCUGGCAAAGGACCCUCAGCCUCGACGUCAUCGUCUUCGGCGGAGGCUCCAAGGACUAAGUGGGUAGAUGCAGUGGCAUUUCUGAGGCCCCCUCCAUCUCCCAAAAUGCCUUCGGAAUCGUGGCUGUCCAACACCCUUCCGCCAGAACGACUUCUCCAAGUGAAGAGGUUUUCCCGAAAGCCUCUCGGUAGCUUUAUCCCCAUUAAACCACCUCUAAAAGCAACGUCGGAGCAGCCUCUUUGCGAGGAUGCGACGCUUCGCCUCCGGAAUUCGUGCAGCUUGAAGGAACACUUUCAAGGCAGGUGACAGAGUGAGUAUCACUCUUGCUGCAAUGGUCCUCUGUAUCAUCGGGUCGGUUACUAGACACAAAGUUGAUCCUAAAUUUUCAGCUAGCUCACGAAAGUUCGAUGCUGCUGGUGUUUCCAGGAAGAUUCUAAGUCCCCAAUUGUGCAAGCGCUGCAACAAUUCCUCCUUCCCCCUUCAACAGUACUGACAUACUCUCACUAACUACUGGGGCGCCGCGCUUGAGACCCCAACUCCACAAAGUGCAGAGUGACGUUCGGGAUGUAACGCAAAUAUGACAUGGAUUGAGAUGGUUGUUCGAAAGGGACUCAUCCGCCUGGCACGGUUUUCAACACAUUUCCAUGGAGCACCACACAGGAAGCUGUCCGUUAUAACAUGUGACAUGCAUAGCACUCUCCGUUCAGCCUUGAUGAUAUACAUAUUCAGGGAACUAAACGGGAGUACCCUUUUGUAUGUAGUACAUAGAUCUAAGAUGCUUGUAAAGACAGUCAAAGCCUCUAGUUUGCCUGGUGUUGAAUCCCCUCCUGCAAAAACACUUGUUGCACAUGUUGUAAAACGUCGUUGUCCACUUCGAGCUCCCA